AUGAAGAACGCAUUCCAGUGGAGCGAGGGGCCACGUCAGUUCCAGCUCGAAGGCGUAAGGGCCCAGCUCGAAGGCACGGACACCAUUAUUCAAGCACCCACCGGCUCUGGCAAGACAGCAAUUGCGGCUGGUCCAUACGUGUGGCCAGGAAAUGACGCGAAGACCACAAUUAUGGUCAGUCCACUGUUGGCGCUUGAGGAGGAGAUGGUUGGUACAUUCCAUACGGAGUUCGGGCUACCUGCAGUUGCGGUCAACAGUCAAAGUGAUCCCCAGAAAUUGCGAGAGAUCAUCAAAGGCAUUUUGCAAGCCCAAUACCGAAUUAUUCUCAUCUCUCCCGAGAUGCUACAGUCGCGCAUGUUCAAGGAUCGGGUCCUCCGUAACCAAAAGUUCACCUCGCGUGUGCUAAGCAUAGUGUUGGAUGAAGCGCACUGCCUCUCGCACUGGGGAGCGAACUUUCGGAAGCACUACAGUAGCUUGGGCACAGUACGCGCCUUCCUCCCGCCUGGUACGCCUAUCAUCGCUGUUACAGCUACCCUUACUGCUCGCGUUCGUCGCGACUUGCAUGCCAAGCUUCAUUUCCCCAAGCUCGGCAGCAAGUUCGUCAACAUUGGGAAUGACCGACCAAACGUAUCGAUCGUUGUACGUGCAUGCGAGCAUCCGCAGAACACCCUCGCCGACCUCGAUUUCAUCUUACCAACUUCAAUCAACAACCCGCUCGAUAUCCCCAAGACGUAUGUGUAUGUCGAGAACAUCGAGACUGGCAACGAGAUCAUUGAACACCUCGAGGCACUUCUUCGCAAGCGCAACACAUCGCUUGCGAACCGUGGCCUUAUACGCCCGUUCAAUGCAACAAUGUCACCCGAGUAUCGGACGGCAGCCAUGGCUGCAUUCCGUGACAACACCACCUCCGAUGACGAUCAUGUGGGCCCGGUUCGAAUCCUGGUCUGUACAGAUGCUGCAGGCAUGGGUUGUAAUGUCCCCGACAUCGAUGUUGUAGUCCAAUGGAAGCUACCCGCUAAACUCUCCAAUUUCAUACAGCGCGCAGGACGGGCCGCCCGAGGACGUGGCCGCAAAGGUCUCGCGGUCUUACUUGUGCAACGUUCCGCCUACUCGAUUGAUAUUCAGGCACCACCUACCGAGAAUACUCUGGCAGAGAGUCAGGCUCCACGGAAAGCUGCCAGCCGUACCACCCAAUCGCGUGCGACACGCAAACGGAACAUUAAGUCAGCUGGUAAGAAAGGAGCCAAAGGGCACGCGGCCCUUCAUGGCGUGAAUCGUGGGAAUAGCUCCCGCAACGCAGACGGGUCCCUCAAUCCGGAUGACCAGCCGCAUGUAGACUGCGAGGGAGAAGAUGAGGGUCUCUUGGCCUUCGUCCAGAGUACCCAGUGUAGACGCGAAGUAUGGCGGAAAGUUUACGAGAGUCCAAUCUCCGACUCUGUACGCAUCCCUUGUUGUGAUGUCUGUGACUCAACACUCUUCGAUCGUACUCGACCUCCACGCCUUACGCGACCCAGCAAAGCCACAUCACAAACGCAAGGGUUACCUGAUACGAACACGCAGAGUGUACUCGAGCAGUGGCGCGACCGGAAGCUCACACAGGACUUUCCCCAGGCGAUCUUCGGGCCAAGUGCACUACUCGACGACACGACUAUAGACAAGCUGGCUUCCGUGGGACCCGUGACUCCUGCGGAAGUGAAGGACAUGCUAAAGGGGUGGCUUUGGCGACACGACUACGAGGCAGAGCUGUGCGACCUUCUGUGUUCGCUUGACAUCCCAUUUCAUCCAAAACCGAAACCCCCUGGCAAGAAGACCCGUGGUGCUCCGAGUGACGGUACAGUGAGGUCGACCCUCGCCGCAAAACGAGCUGCACCUCAGGAGACUGGGUCUAUUGGUGAGCCAUCAGAUCCUCUCGCAAGACCGCCAAAGCGGACACGUCAAGCCGCUGGCGAGGUAGGUUUUGUUUGA